AUGAGGCCCAGACCCUCUGCUGGAGUUCGGCCAAUGCGCUCCGCAACACCUGGCAGUGCGCUCCAUGCACAGCUGGCCACAACCAACGGUGCCUUAUCAGACUACGUCAAGGUCCGCACUGUGGGCCGUGGCAGCUUCGGCGAGGCCCUCCUGGUGAAGCACAGAAGCUCGGGCCAGAUGUCGGUGCUGAAGCGUGUACGCCUGGAGGGCAGCAGCGAUGCCGCCGCCGCAGCCGAGAGCGCGGCUCGGGAGGCACAGGUGCUGCAGAAGCUGCGGCACCCACACAUAGUGGAGUUCUUGGGUGCAUUUGUCGACAACUCACGGGACUCCACCGGCGGCGCUCUCUGUUUGCUGAUGGCCUUCUGUGAAGGAGGCGACCUGCAGCACAGACUGCAGAAGGUGCGUCAGGAGUGCCGUCGGCUCCCUGAGCAGCCUGCACUACGCUGGUUCGACCAGCUUUGCAGUGCGCUGGCCUACGUGCACCAGCAUCAGGUUUUGCAUCGUGAUCUCAAGCCUUCCAACAUCUUCCUCUACGGUAGAAGUGGCGGCAGCGCCCACCAUAUUUAUGAGGAGGAGUCCGUGUCCAUUGGGGACUUCGGAGUCAGCCGACCUCUGACCCACUCAAUGGAGUUGGUAACCACAAUGGUGGGAACACCCUGCUACCUGAGCCCUGAGGUGUGCAAAGGCAAGCCGUACUCGUACAAGUCCGACAUCUGGUCCUUGGGAUGUGUGCUGUUUGAGAUGAUGGCACUGCGCCCACCCUUCGGUACAGCUCCCAACUUGGAGGCCUUGGUGAACCGGAUAGUUCGUGCGGAUGUGGCCCUACCGGAGCACCUGAGUCACGACUACCCGGAAGCAUCACGCUGUACGCGCGCGAUGCUUCGCCAGCAACCCGACAGAAGGCCAACGGCACACUCCUUGCUGAAUCGUCCACGGCUUCAACCACCAGUGUAUGAAUUGCCUGGGAUGCACAUCGCGGAGUCGGUGUCGACACCUUCAACGCCACCCCCGACUGCACCGUCGGCUGCAAGCCCUGCAAGCAAGGCUUUCGAGCCGCCGGGGCGCGGCGCCAAUGCCGCCAAUGCUGCCAACGGCAUCAGCUCGCAGGCGGCCAAGCAAAAGCUUGUGGCGGCGCAGGUGGCAGCUGCUGCGGCCAAUGCUGCGGCCAAUGCAGUAAAAGCUGCCGCCUUGUCGCCGCGCACAAGGGGGCGGGCCAAGCUUGCAAACCAAAUUCUGGAAUCAGAGGACCACAGUGCCAUGAAAGUUCUCGAGGAGUGCACGGAUGCGGAGAGACUAUGUCCGCGUGCUGGACAAAAGGGAAUCAUCACUGACAUUCCGUUGUCAGGACGUGCUCGCCGCCAGGCCAGCGCUGGCUCCCAUGGCAGUUCCAGUCCCUCACACCCGAUGUACCCUGCUUCGCCAAGUGUGGCCGUCAGUGUGAUGAGCCCAGCACAGGGCUCCAGUGCUGGCCGAUCAGCCAACCCAUCGGAUGGGUCCAACGUUCGCUCCUGCUCCGGAGACAUCUACAGGCCCCGCCAGCCCCUCCCUGGCCAGCCAGUUGGACAGCAGCAGCCGCUGUCUGCAAGACAGAAGGUUCAUCACCCCUUCACGCGGCCACAGCCUCUGCAAAGGUCGCCGCGGAAGUCCAACCCAGCCCAAGUAGACCGAAUGGACUACGUCGGUUCUGGAAGUGGCGCUCUCACCGCCAGGAGUGGCUCAGCAACGCCCCGUUCUCCAGAUCCCGAGCCCGAGGACUCCAAGUUCAAGCAGCGGCGGGAGGAGCGCUGUCGGCAGAGUCAGGCCUUUCGAAAGUGGCUCCGCGAGCAGCGUGCCAAAGGUGGCAAAGAAAGCCCUAGCCCAGGCAGCCAAGGGGGCGACAUAUCUGAGCAGAGUCCUAUCCAGGAGGAGCCGUCUCCAAGCUUUGCCACAGAGUACUGCGAGGACUCGGAACAGACACCGGAUCGCUUGAAUGAGUCCCGGGAAGCGUCAUCUCCAAGCCCGAGCCAGCCUCUGGGCAGGGUGCAGAAGCCGAGACCUUCGCAGAGUCGGCAGGAAUGGAGGACAGAAAUUUAUUGUCCUGGAUUUCCAGUCAUGACUGUGGAGGAGCCCGCAACUGAACUUGACGAUUCCAGGAGGUCAUCGACAACGACUGGAACCAGGGCCAAGGAAGCGCCUCCGUUAUCAGAGUCCGACGAGACGCCUUGCGGGCCAGCGGAUCUCGGAGGGACGCCGUCCGACACCCCGUUGCAGGCAGCUCUGCGGCAACGCCCCACUCCGGAGCGGACUCUGCCAGCCAGGGAGGUUAAUGUGGGAGGCAAGGCCGAAGUUGCUUCUGCCCGGAAAGCGGCUGACACUCCAGAGGCGAAGCUGCAGGAGGAGCCGGCACCACUUCCGAAUGCCAAGUGCAUAUCGACCCUUGGAGGUCAUUCGCUGAAGAGUUGCGAGGCGCCCUGCGAUGAUCCUCCAGGUGUGCGGAAGUGCACGUUGGAUGAUUCGAAGAAGAGCGUCAGCAUCGGUGACCGGAUUGAGGGCAUCCGGGCCUGCUUGGAGGCACGGAUGGGAACGCAGCGCUUCCAGAAGCUGUACAAAAGCCUGACGAAAGAUGACUCCACCGUCAACAGUCUCUCCGGCAUCUCGGUUCCCUGGCCGAGAGAUUCUUCAAUGUUUCUUCCGGAGGACAUUGACGAGGCUUUCAGCGAAGCCACGACGGC